UGUUUUUAUUUUAUUGAAUUUCUACGAUAGACAUGUAAAUGAAACAAUGUUUUUUUAUGUUAAGUCAAUUUUAGUUGUAAGCUAAAGUUAUAAGUAAAUAGCUACCUCACCGGUGACGUUUGCAUACCCGGAAGUAGUGACAGAGUGACUCCUCACUGUUUUUUUCUCAUAUCUAUUCUCUACUACUACAGUUCGGUUUUCACUUGUCCAGAAAUUGAAAAUGAGCAACUCCGAACAACCCAAAGUGACUUUUGCUCCACACAUAGUGAAAGAAGAGCUCAUGGCAGAAGGAAAGUGGCUGAAGCUGGAGAAGACUACAUACGUGGACAGAGCGGGAAAAACCAGGACCUGGGAGACGGUGAAAAGGACAACGAGGCAAACCAACACGGAGACAGAUGGCGUUGGUAUUAUCGCCCUGCUGAAGCGGACCCUCCAUAAAGACUGCGUAGUGAUGGUGAAGCAGUUUCGUCCUCCUUUGGGAUGCCACACUCUGGAGUUUCCUGCAGGGUUGAUCGACGAGGGGGAAACUGUAGAGGCUGCUGCACUGAGGGAGCUAAAAGAAGAAACCGGGUACAAAGGCGAGGUCGUAGGAGUCACUCCAGUGACCUGUCUGGACCCUGGUCUGUCUAACUGCACCACCCAGAUCAUCAUGGUCAACAUCAACGGAGAUGAAGGGGAGAACAUCAACCCAAAACAAGAGCUCGGUGAUGGAGAAUUUGUUGAAGUCAUUCUUUUACCACUUGAUGAAUUCCAGAAGAAAAUAGAUGAUCUGAUGAAGAAAGAAAAGAUCGUGGUGGAUGCUAAAGUGUACAUCUUUGCCAUGGGGAUGGUCCAGGCCUUCUUUAAGCCGAGGGAGCUCCCUGUCCUGAAGCAGUGAAGGAAAAAUGUUCAGGACGAGAACGAGACAAGAAGAAAUAGUCUUUUAUGUUACAUAGGGCUCCUACACAGGACUGGAAAAUCCGUAUUAAAAAGGACAUGGAGGACUUCCAAAUUGUAAUAAGAAUUUAUAUUAAAAUGUGUUUUAGCCACCAUGUAACCUCAUACUUCAAUUUUAGUUUCUAUGAAGUACUGUAUAAUGGCCACACAUAGAGUAAUAUGAAAGUUAGAAGACACAAUAAAACUUAGUGUGUUAAUCAUACUGUACACAAACGUCAAAUUACGAAAUGAAAGCCUUUGAUUUAGAAA